AUGUGUUUUUUCUUUGCUGCAGGCCAGUGGGGUCAGUGUACCGGGGAAGAGUGUGGUUCUGGUGGGGUUCAGACAAGGACAAUAUGGUGCAUCCACAUGGAGGGCUGGACCACCCACCACUCCCACUGCCAGCACAAGGAAAAACCAGAAAGCCAGAGACAGUGCUUUAAGGUUUGCGACUGGCACCAGGAUCUCUUCGAGUGGGAGGUGUCAGAGUGGGGGAGCUGUGUUCUUGUUCCUUUCUUUUCCAAUGAGCUGAAGCUGAGGACGCCUGAGUGCAUUACAGCACAGCAUGGAAUACAGAGGCGCAAAGUCUACUGUGUGCGCACUUCAAAUCGAACCACAGUCAGCUCAAAGAUAUGUGAAUUCUUUUCCCAAAAACCACCUGUGGAGCAGGCAUGCCUAGUCCCCUGCCCCCAGGACUGUGUGGUUUCAGACUUCACCUCUUGGUCAAGUUGCAGCAAAACCUGCGGUGCUGGCCUGCAGCAUCGGACUCGACAUGUUCUGGCCACACCAAUGUAUGGGGGGGUAAACUGCCCCAACCUAACUGAGACCAGGACUUGUUCUGGACAUGUUGACUGCCCAAAUGGGAAGGAUGAGUACCAGUACAGCCUUAAAGUAGGGGCCUGGAGUGAGUGCCGAUUACCCCAUCACAAGGAUGCCCUAUUAAGUGGAAGGACCACAGUCGACUUCAGCACUAGCAACAAUGAGAACAACACAGUCACUCUGCACACACUAGCUUCUCAACAGCAUUUCUAUCACAACCACCACCACCACUAUGCUCAUGCACACAUUAAGUACCCCAUGUCAUGGGAACUGGAGGUGGGAUACCAGACAAGACAUGUACGCUGCACAAGAAGCGACGGCAAGAAUGCCAUGCUGAGCCUCUGUACCAAGGACAAAUCCCCCCUGACCUUCCAGGCAUGUGUGAUCCCCAAAGACUGUCAGACAUCUGAAUGGUCAUCGUGGAGUCCCUGCUCUAAGACCUGCCGGUCCACCGACCUAUCUCCUGGCUACCGCCUCCGGUCACGGAUCAUGACACAGAUCCCAGUUGGUGGGGGGAAACGGUGUCCUGCCCUUGAGGAAAAAGAAGCUUGCAAUAUCAUAGGCGAUUUGCUUGCAAACUGUCCCAGGUAUAUGUGGAGGACCACUGACUGGGGUGAAUGUCAUAUCCUACCCUUACUGAGCCAACAGAACCGGAGACUGGCAAACAUCAGCCUUUUGUGUGGAGGGGGCAUCCAUACCAGGAAGACCUACUGUGUUCAGGUCACUGAUGCCUCAGCACCACAUCACAGAAAGGAGGUGUCCAGGCCUGUAAAUGCUCGGCUGUGUGAUGGUGAAGAGCCUCCCUUGGCUGUCCAGCACUGCUCCAUUCCCUGCCAGCACUACUGCUUGCUCACCCAGUGGUCAUCCUGGGGUGCCUGUCUAUAUGACAGCUGCGAAGAACCACAUGGGAAGAAAGGUUUCAGACAGAGGAGGAGAGAAGUGCUGUGGGAGUCGAGUGGUACUCUGGGGACAUGCCCUCAUCUGACGGAGUUCAUUCCCUGUGAUGAUCCUGCCUGCUACCUGUGGCAGGUCCAACAAGAGGGAAGGUGCAUUCCCACCAAAAACUCCUGUGGUCCUGGAACUGCGGUCCAGAAUAUGACCUGUGUCAACACUAAAGAAGAAGAUGUGCCUGAUGCCUACUGUGUGGAUGGCCCUCCAGCCGCAGAAGAAGCCUGCGAGGUGCCCUGUUCUGCAGACUGUGUGGUUGGCCCCUGGUCCUCCUGGUCCACCUGCUCACACAGCUGUGCCACUAAGACCGCAGAAGGUAGACAGAGCCGCACUCGCACUGUGUUGGCCAUCCCAGGAAAAGAUGGAAAGGCAUGUCCAGCAGGUCCGGCCCUGGAGCAAUGGAGGGUCUGCAAUGACCAUCCUUGUGUGAUAUUUCACUGGGAGGCCUCAGCAUGGGGUUCAUGUAUUGAGGAUACCUCUGUGGCGCUCAAUGGAACCGGCCUCCAGAAUGGGACCAUUACCUGCGCUGUUGGUGUGCAGAUCCGCAGAGUCAACUGUAUGAAGAUGAAUGCUGGGCCAGUCAUAAAUAAAAGGUGUUCAGAUUCUUCCCGUCCAGAAACCAUCCGUCCUUGUUUGCUUCCCUGCAAGAAAGACUGCAUUGUGACACCUUUCAGUGAAUGGACAGCUUGCCCGUCAACCUGCCUUCCAGAAAAUGCAACCGCCGCCACACAGUCUCGAUACAGGACCAUUAUUCAGAGGGCUGCUAAUGGAGGUCAAGAGUGUCCCGACACCCUUUACGAAGAGAGAGAGUGUGAAUCACUUCGUUUAUGUCCAGUGUAUAGGUGGAGGACACACAAGUGGAGCAGUUGCACUGUAGUUCCUGAAUCUGUUAGACGUGGAUUAUCUGGACCAGGAGAAACCUGUGGAAAAGGUUUAGAAACAAGAGGAGUCAGCUGUGUUGGGGAGAGUGGAGAGUCUGCCAAUAUGACAGAGUGCCUGCAAUGGGCUGGUCCCUUGCCCCUUCAGAUCAGAGAGUGCCUGGUGGCUUGCAAGGAUGACUGCACGCUAACUGCAUGGUCCAAGUUCUCUGAAUGUGCUGGAUGUGGCAGCUCCCGAAUACGAAAACGUUCACUUGCAGGUCGUAGCAAAAAAAAGGAGAACUGCUUGAAUAAGGAAGUGUACCCACUGGAGGAGACAGAGACGUGUCCUUGUGAUGAGUUUUUGUCCCAGCCCUAUGGAAACUGGUCUGCUUGCAUACUCCCUGAUCCUUCGGUCCUGGGAUCAACGCAGGGCUGGAUGAGCCAUCGGGAGGUGAAGGAGUGUGGCCAAGGUCUGCGCUACAGGGCUGUUUCCUGCAUUAACCAGCAGGGGAACCUGGUUAACCCUGCACUCUGUACAGACUCAGGCUACACUGUGGAGGUUUGCCACAUCCCUUGCCCCAUAGACUGUAAGCUCAGUGAUUGGUCAGCUUGGUCAGCCUGCAGUGCAUCCUGCGGCAGCGGGUUAAAGAUCAGGUCCAAGUGGCUGAGAGAGAAAGCUUUCAAUGGAGGACGCCCAUGUCCCAAACUGGAUUUAAAGAAUCAGGCUCAGGUGUAUGCAGCUUUGCCAUGCUACAGUGAAUGCAGCCAAUAUGAGUGGCGGGUCGAGCCCUGGUCCAUUUGUACCAUCAACACUGUGGAUGACCUGCCUGCCUGUGGAGAGGGAGUCCAAAGCCGCAAGAUCAGGUGUGUAAACAAGGGAGCAGCAAAUGACAGCACGGUGGAGGAUAGUCUGUGUGAUCAAGAAGAAAUGCCACCCAGAGCCCAGGUCUGCUAUCUGGCAUGCCCCAAUGACUGUGUCAUGACACCCUGGGGACCUUGGAGCAACUGCCCUCUGCAGUGUGACCAAGAAACAUCAAGGAACAGAAGCAGACAUAUCCUACGCCCUGCAGCCUCAGAUAACUCACCCUGUCCAGAGGUGGUCCAAUCAGAGCCCUGUGUUCUCAAUAGUACGUGUUUCACCUACCAGUACAGAGUCUCAGACUGGAGUACAUGCCAGCUUAGUGAAAAUGCCAUCUGUGGUCAGGGAUCACGUUUUCGUCUCCUGGAUUGUAUUCGCAGCGAUGGCAAGGUUAUGGAGGUGCAGAAGUGCAAGCAGUUUGGCUUGAUCAACAAGUGGAUUCUAUCCGAGACCUGCGUAGUCAACUGUCCCGUCAGCUGUAUACUCUCUGAGUGGUCGCUGUGGGCAGAAUGCUCGCACAGCUGUGGAAGCCAAGGUCAGUCUGUGCGCAGCCGCAGAAUCCUUCAGGAGGCUCAGGAGGAGGGUCGUCCCUGUCCCAACCAGCUCUCCCAGACCAAACCAUGCCCCAUAAGGCCUUGCUAUGUGUGGUUGCUGAGUGACUGGUCCCCAUGCACAGUUGAAGGUGCAGAGUGUGGUGAGGGGCUUCGAAGAAGAAACCUGUCAUGUUUUGUCCACUGGGGAAACUGGCAUGAGUCUCCUCGUCAGCAAGUAAAGGAGGAGCUUUGUGGAGACAUACUGAGGCAGCGUGUCCAGCAGGAAAUGGAGCAGCCCUGCUUCGUCCCCUGUCCAGGAGACUGUCAUUUGACUGAGUGGUCAUCUUGGAGCUCUUGCCAGUUGACCUGCCUGGAAGGGCGGAGCUUUGAAACCACCGGUCGCCAAGCGCGCUCCAGAGCUGUGAUUAUUCAAGACAUGGAGAAUCAGGCCAGCUGCCCAAAUCAAGUCUUUGAGACCCAGUCCUGUAAAGGAGGAAGAUGCCACAGUUACCAAUGGAGGACAGGAGGAUGGAGCAACAAUGAGAGAACAGUGUGGUGUCAGCGCUCAGAUGGUGUCAAUGUUACAGGGGGGUGUUUCCCACAAAAAAGGCCCACCACGCUCAGACACUGCCAUCCUCCGUGCACAAAACCGUUCUCACACUGCACACCGAGUGGAGUGUGUGGGUGUGAGAAGGGUUACACUGAGGUGAUGACCACUCACGGUUUCUUGGACUACUGCACCAGAACCCCAGGGGUGGACAACAAUAAGAAAGCUGAUGUGAAAACUAACUCUGGAAGAUUAAAACCCGGGCCAUCUAAGGCCAAAGACCUCUACAAUGAAUGGACCUUACGACCUGUUGGUCCAGAUGGAAGAGUAAAGCUGUGGGUUUACGCUGUGACUGCUGUUGGAUUCAUCUUAAUACUCUUCAUUAUAGCAUUAUCGUUCCUGGUCUGUAAGCCAUCGAAAACCACUAAGACAUCUCCCCCACCGCAGAAGCCCUUGACUCUGGCCUAUGAUGGUGACAUGGAUAUGUAACCAGGCUGCUAUACCUCACAAGGACAUGCUCGGCCGCAGACAGACUCCUGACUGUGUUCCGAUUGUUAGCAAGCACAUCCGUCACUUACUGUUGACUGUUUGCUCGGUUUUUGCAAUGUCUCAAAUAGAUCGGCAAAUAGCAAUGAUCACACUUGAUUUGCUGCUGAAGGGUAAGAAAUCUUGCUAUAGCCAACUGUAUUCCUCGAAGAAGAGGAACCAAAGCUGAUCAAAGUGAAAAAAAACGAGACAUGGACCUCUAGUUUCUUCUUUUUUUUUUCACUUUUCUUUUUAAUGCUUGCAACGUGAACGCACAGUUGAAGCACUGUUUAAAACCUGUGAAACAAGAAGAAUGCACAGCUGUUGAUCUUGGAGGGUUUUUUUUGUUUGUUUGUUUCAAGAAUUCGAGGGACACCCUGGUUGACUCGUCAGCAGUCGCUUGUGAUAUUCAAAGACCCGCAAAGGUGGGAAUAUCUUUGUGAAAGGAAAUGUCUCAAGCCUUUUUGAGUAAACUAAACAGCCUUUUUUUGAAUUUCUGACAAUAAACACGAUGGUCUAUGCACUACGUUAGUGCUGAUUCUGUUUUCCUUUCAAAUGACUUUUCUAGUGUUUUAAUUGUAAUGCAAGUUUUUGCUGUCAGAUUGUGUUUUGUUGAUGAUGCCAUAUGUUGUGUAUAUGUGAAAACCAAAUGCGGGCUUGCCUUGAGUUUAACAAUACAAUGAUGCAGUAAUUUCUCCUCCCUAAUUCUCCCUGGAUGCUCAGCCACUGAGGACAAAAAUUGAGGAAGUAGGUCAGAGUGGUGUAAUUUUUACAAGAAACAAAAAUGGCAGACUAUUUUGGUGAUGACUGCGACAUCGCACGGAAUGCAAAUUAAAUUCUGUAAUACCAGAAUACAUGUAUGUGAGGUACUGUAUGAUAAAGAUCAUACCUCAUAUACAGAGCUUAACAGAUUUAUUAGACCACCUGAAAACAAGAAAACACAAAUAUUUUAAAAAUAUGUAAAAAAAAAUUAUAUUGGUAUUUAUUGGGCAAGUAAUAAACUGAAUUCAUAUUUUUAUAUCCAAAUUUGAGUGGGAACACUGGACUUCUCUGAGUAGUCGUAAAUUAAUCGAGCGUAAUAUUCAUCCACUAAAACUUUUUCUUUUCAGGGAUACAAGUAAAUAACUAUAAUUUUGCAUCUUAAUAAAAAAUAAUAAUAAUGUGCUUUACUGUUUUUUUCAGCGUUUUUGUAAAAUAGUAAAUUUGAAAAUUCAUUGAUACCAAGAAUAAUUAUAUUUAACAUUAAAAAAUAUUUUAAUGAAACAACUUGCCCAUAGUGGUGAAGUAACCAUUACAGAAACAUAAAAAAUGGUUUUACUUAUUACUGUUAAUUUAGGCGAGCUGUGGCAUAAAACUUAUACUCAGUGGUGAUUUAAUAAAUUUGUUAAGCACUAUAUACUUUUUCACUAAAUGCAAGGCAAGGAAGGACUAAUCACCAAAACAUGCAGGAGCAUAGAGAGGACGAAUUAUCCACUGGAUCACACACAGUGCUUUAACAGAGCAGAUGCGCUUUAUUUUCUCCAAAAAGGAUGUCAUAUUUCCAUCAUUUAUUCAUUUUAUAUCCAAAUACAAGGCCUGCACAGUGCAAAGAAAACUGUUUUUUGAAAAUAUUGUGUUUUUACCUCUUUUUUUUUUCAUGUUUGUACCAUAAAUACAGGGCUGUAGACAUAAAAGGUGGCAAAUACCAAAUAUUUGUGAGCACGUAUCAGGCAACUUCUUGUUUUAUUUUCUCUGUAAAGUCUUUUUUUUCCCCAGCCCUGUGAUUUUUUUUUUUUAUAUAUAUAUAUAUUUCCACUUAUAGCAUCUUGGUAGCUUCUAGACAUUUUUACCUUCCUUUUGUGCAAUAUUCAUACAGCCCAGUGGAGAAUUAAGUUCCUAGUAUUGGGGAAUUUUGACUCUGACCAGAGUUUAUGUUGUUUCUCAUUCUGCCAACACUAACUGAAGAUUUGGUCUCGUGUUAUCUGACCUCCUUCUGAAUGUAUUUUAUCAGGAACUCUAUAAUCUUUAUGGUUGUGCAAAAUAUGGUUGUUACAUGACUGUAUUUCAAGAACUGAUUGUAUGUAGGCAUGCUAGAUCCAUUUUGGCAGAACAUGCUCCAAGUGGCCUUGCAAAGAUUCUGUUUUACAAGUUGCCAAACAUUUUAGAAUAGUUUAAUUUACAUAGUGUUUCAAAUAUUUGGCCAAUAAAGUGACAUAUGGUAAAUGACACAUAUUAUAAGGAUAAAUGAUAAAAGUAAAACCUCUGUUAAAACUUUCAGAGAACAUGACCUACUAAUUAAUUACCAUAUCAAACAAAGAACAGCCUGACUUGAUAAGAGAACUCUGUGGGUUAUGUCCCAAACAACAAAAAGUAUGUUCACCCAUUGUUUACAGCAUCAU